UUAAAAAAAAAUAUAUAGAAUUUGACCCCUCAGUCAGAGCUCGAUAUAGACUCCGCCCCUCGCUCGUGCACAUCAGACCCACUUGUUGUUCUCCUCCACGUUGCGGACGUCGAUCGCCUUCUUCUCCUCUUGACGACAUGCGUGUGGCUGUAAUUGGUGCUGGAGUCUUUGGUCUGUCCACAGCUCAGAGCAUAUAUGAGCAGUACCACGCCAUUGUCACUCCACUGAUCAUCGAGGUGUACGCAGACUGCUUCACCCCGCUGACCACCAGCGAUGGAGCGGCAGGUCUCUGGCAGCCCUAUAUCAAUGACAAGGGAGAUGUCCAGGAGAUGAAGUGGUAUAAACAGACCUUUGACUACUUGCUGAGCUGCCUCCGUUCACCAGAGUGUGUAAAAAUGGGUAUUUUCCUCCAAUCUGGCUACAACCUCUGCACAGAACCGACCCCCGACCCAACGUUUAAAGACACAGUCCUGGGCUUCAGAUGUCUCACAGAGCGAGAACUGAAGAUGUUUCCUGGCUACAGUUAUGGGUGGUUCAACACUGCUCUCAUAUUGGAAGGUAAAACAUACUUGCCUUGGCUGAUGAACUGGUUGGCGAAACGGGGUGUGAAAUUUUAUCACAGGAAAAUUGGAUCUUUUACAGAGCUGUCUAGAAAUGGUGCAGAUGUGAUAAUAAACUGUACUGGGAUGAGAUCUGGAGACCUCCAGCCUGACCCUGAGCUGAAACCUGCCCGGGGGCAGAUAAUAAAGGUGGAAGCGCCAUGGUUGAAGCACUGGGUUAUGACCUACACUCCUAAAGGGGUUUACAACUCACCAUAUAUCAUUCCAGGGAGUCGUCUCGUGUCAGUCGGCGGGGUAUUCCAGUUGGGGAACUGGAAUGAACACAACGAUUCCGCCGAUCAUAAGGCCAUUUGGGAAAAGGCUUGCCAGCUCGAGCCUAGCCUCAGGAAUGCCACGAUAGUGGACGACUGGACCGGCCUCAGGCCAGCCCGAAGCAAAAUCAGAUUGGAGCGAGAGACCCUAUUGUGUGGUACCACUGCGGUCGAGGUGAUUCACAACUAUGGCCAUGGAGGUUUUGGAAUGACCAUUUACAAAGGCUGCGCCCAGGAAGCAGCCAGGCUUUUUGGUGAGAUCUUGAAACAAAAGGGAAAAGCACCGAAAGCUCACCUGUGAAUUUGUAUUUAGCAUUUGUGAUUCAAUUAGGAUCAAAUUCAUCAUUUCAUAAAAUCUUUAUCAUUACGGGAGCAAUUGUUAUUCACUAAUAAAUAAAAACUGAGAGUCUUUUAAAAAACCUCAUUGAAUGUAAAUAAUAUAGAACUUACAAAAACCUGUAAUGAAUAACAUCAAAUCAUCUUUUACAAAGAUUUUACUGGCAUGAUGUGGUACAUUUACAUUAAGUGUGUUGACAAGAUUCAGUACAUCUUAAUACUGAUUAAAUACUGUAAUAACCAGCAGCUUAUUUUUCCAAACAGUUGAUACAAUAAGUGAGAAAAUCCAUAACUCUCCAUAUCACCUCUUUCCAACGAAACAAUGACAUUUGAUGAAUUAUUUACAGAGGUAUAAAUUUGGUUAAACGACUGUGAGUUUCAUCUAAAGUAAACAAAUACUGUAGAUGCAGUUUGAUGUUAAGAACCCACUGAGAUCCCAUCAGCACGUAGUGUCACAUUACAAGUAUUGUAAUUACAGUAUGUUCUUUUUAAUCAGGCUGAUUAAGCAUUGUAUCAUGUGAUGAAAGUAAAUAAAAAAACAGUUCUCCCAUA